AUGGCGGAGUCGCUGUCGACUGGUCCAGGAGAGGAGAAGGAGGACAGGGAGCGGGACGGUAGGGCUGCCGCGGCCGAGAAGAGCACGACGACCGACGGGUCCGCGGAGACGCGUGGGUCCCGCGAUGAAAAUGGCGGCAGCGCGGGCAAGAGACGGAACCUGUCAGACCUGUCUCUGGUCAGAUUUAUAACUACAGAGCUCACCAGAGGCUAUUUCCUGGAACACAAUGAGGCCAAAUACACAGAACGCAGAGAGCGGGUGUACACCUGCCUACGUAUCCCCAAAGAGCUGGAGAAGUUGAUGACAUUUGGCUUCUUCCUGUGUCUGGACGCCUUUCUCUAUGUGUUCACGUUGUUGCCCCUCAGAGUAAUUCUGGCCCUUUUACGGCUCCUCACGCUGCCAUGCUGUGGCCUCAGUGGCUCCCGCCUGCUGCAGCCAGCACAGGUAUGUGAUGUCCUGAAAGGCUUCAUUAUGGUGUUGUGUUACUCAAUGAUGAGCUACGUGGAUUACGCCAUGAUGUACCACCUCAUCAGGGGACAGUCUGUCAUCAAACUGUACAUCAUCUACAACAUGUUAGAGGUGGCCGAUCGCCUGUUCUCCUCAUUUGGUCAGGACAUCCUGGAUGCUCUGUACUGGACGGCCACUGAACCCAAGGAGAAGAAGAGAGCGCACAUAGGUGUGAUUCCUCACUUCCUCAUGGCCGUGCUCUACGUCUUUCUUCAUGCCAUCCUCAUCAUGGUUCAGGCCACAACUCUCAAUGUAGCCUUCAACUCCCACAACAAGUCUCUGCUCACCAUCAUGAUGUCAAACAACUUUGUGGAGAUUAAGGGAAGUGUGUUUAAGAAGUUUGAAAAGAACAACCUCUUCCAGAUGUCAAACAGUGACAUAAAGGAGAGGUUCACCAACUACAUCCUCCUGCUCAUCGUUUGUCUGAGAAACAUGGAGCAGUUUUCAUGGAACCCUGACCACCUGUGGGUGCUGUUUCCUGAUGUAGUCAUGGUGAUCGCCUCAGAAGUUGCCGUGGAUGUUGUCAAGCACGCUUUCAUCACCAAAUUCAACGACAUCAGCGCUGAUGUAUACGGAGAGUACCGAGCCAGCCUUGCCUUUGACCUUGUCAGCAGUCGACAGAAAAAUGCUUACACAGACUACAGUGACUCUGUGUCCAGGAGAAUGGGCUUUAUCCCGCUUCCCUUAGCUCUGCUGUUGAUCAGAGUAGUAACAAGCUCAGUGAAAAUCCAGGGGUCACUCUCCUUUAUGUGUGUGUUGCUGUUUUACUUGGGGAUGAUCACUCUCAAAGUGCUCAACAGUAUUGUUCUGCUCGGAACGUCUUGUGUGUUUGUCAAAGAGGCUAAUAUGGAAGAAAAGCUCUUCGACCCUCCACCUUCUGCCGUCUCCAGCCGAGUAAACUCCAGAGCUAACCGCACCAAACACGUUCACACGUCACCUCAGCAAGAAUCCACUGCAGACAAAGGAGGAACACCUCUGGCAUCAGACAAUUCUCAGCCCAACACCACUGCUGAGAGCUCUGCCCCCACCAUUCCCAAGAGCGACUCAGACACAUUCCUGACGACGCCUGACGAAGAGGAUGAUGACAAGAUCAUCAACACUGACACAGGACUGGAAGGAGAUGGACUCAAAGCCAGAACGCCCAAGAAAGACUUGCUAGAGAUAGACCGCUUCACCAUCUGUGGCAACAGAAUAGACUGACGGCCACAGGAACAAGCCAGUGUCCUGGAAACACAGCAAGGUUCAGGGAUCAGACACGGGUCAUGGAGCGUGCUCAGAGCGGACUUAUCCUUGUGCACCUGACCGCAGGAGUAUUUAUUUAUUUAUUACUGAAAAAAAACCAGCCAAGGCAUCAAGCUGUUACUACAAGCAACAGAGGCUGCUUCAGAUGUUUCCAGCUGGUCCAGUUCCAUUUCAGGUAGACUCUGAGUAUGAGUCGCAGUCGUCAGGGCAACCUGCAGAAAUGGUCAUUGGUGACGGCAAUGCAGAAAAGUGGCGUACACAGCUGGAGCGCAGCACCAGUGUGUGUAUGUGUGAUGGUAGAGACGUGACAGCUGGACUGUGCGAGUGUGUUCAAAAGCACAAUUAAAAAAUAUUGCGAGGAGUCGUUUUUAGACAGAACAAAAAACGUGUCAAUUUUUCAAUUUUUUUAUUUUCAGAUGUUUCACAAAUAAUAAUAUUUCAAAUGAAGUUUUUAUGAAAAAUCUUAGACCUUCUUCCUAAAAUCAACUGUGUUUAGCUACAGGAUUAAGACUCAUCGUCACAAAAACACAUCAAUCAAUCAUAAAGUCGAUCUGCAGACACCAACACUUAUUUAACUGAGUUUUUGUGAUGAGCUCAUAUGUUCAACACGAUGAAUAUGGCAGCAGUGACAGCACCUUCAGGUCAAACAGUUUGGACACAGUCAAUAGUUUGGAGGUUUUAGUGUCAUGACAUUUGUGUUGAUAUUGUUACAUCAAAGCACUGAUGCUAAACAGUGCCUGAUCGUUAAGACUGAAGUGUUAUUUGAAGUGAUCGCCAAGCCAGACGGGUUCAGCAGAUAUUUCUUUUUAAAGUGAUUUUAAAAGCUUUCCUGUACAGUACGUGUAUACACUCAUCGUUCAAGCAUGCAGCCUCAGAUUAUCAUUUCAUCAACAUCGGCUUAUAGCAAUUUUUACAUUGGAAACUGUGAACUACGGAAAUGUCUCAGUGAAGUGCGACUGUGUGCUUGGUCUCAUUUUAACUUCAUGGUGUGUGACACCAGCAUCAACUGAACAUAUUUUUCAGUUUUUCAUUGUUAUCUCAAGAGUGGUAUGAAAAGUUAAAAUUACAUGUAUGCAUGUAAAACUGUCAAAUCUAAAUGACAAGAAACAGGAUGGAGUAUUCAUGUGAAAGCAGUGAAAUCUGGAGCUGAGCAAAAGCUAAAAGCAGGUUUGUGCCGUAAAGGUUGUUGUUGGCAUUGUUUGGUGCGGUUGGCUGCUGCUGGCUUUAAAUAUUAGAAGAGGCUCUGGAAAAAAACCUAUGUGCUACAAAAAGUCUGACUGUUGAUGCUGUGAAAACGCUGUGUGCUGUGUAAUCAACUAUGUGUAUCGAACAACUCUAUCUGUUCUGAAGUCCCGGACAAAUGUUAAGUUCAACCUCUCAAUCUCUGGUUUUUGCCUCUCAUGUAUCAUUGUUACAUACAAACUAAAAUUUAAAAACAAAAAUGCUUGUUGAUAUAGACAGUUGGUUUUCACAAUAAUGUGUCUACAUUCUAUGAGUAUACAUUUCUUGUUACCAGGGAUUCAAUUAGAGUUGCAACUUCUGUCCAAUUUGAUCAAACCUGGGAAAUUGACGGUCUUGCGAAGCACAAAAUCUAUGUGUUAGGUCAAAACCUCUUGACACAGGAGCAAAUUUCCUACUGAAUUAGUUUCACACUUUAUGUUGAUCAAACUUAUUAUUAGUUGAAGACAAGUGAUGGACAGUGUGCAGGAUUCUUUAUCAUGCUGUGGAUAGAAUAUGUUUCAAUCCAGAUGGUCCCAAAACGUCUUUACGAACCUGAGAAGAGAAUAUUGUUACUGCGUUGCGAGGCAUUUAUGGUUCAGGAAAAUAGUCUUACCUCAGCUGAGACCUAAAUGUGCUGGUUGUUCAUGAGAGGCACAAACCUGAGAUUAGUCCAACCUCACUAUGGGAGGACAUUCAAUACAGGAACAUAACUGCAUAUUUAUAAAUGAAGGAUCAAGAGUGUGUGUGAGUCAUGAUGGUGUGUGAAGUGUGUUUGUGUCUGUGUGUGAUUGCAGUGCAUGAAUGGUUCUUACUACUUGAUGUAUGAAUCAUAUCAGAUCACGACCCAUCUGUGUAAAGCAUCUCCUCACAUGGUAGAAGGAGAAUAAAAUAUUUUUUAUUGUAA